CCCCCCCCCGGCUCUCGCGACAGCUCCGAGAGCAGAAAAUGGCCCCGCGGCCGCAACGCCGCCGCUGAUGCGCGUUCCGGGCCCCCCCGCAGCCCCGCACCACGAAGAAGAGGAGAGCCCCGUGACCUGCAGCGGCCAUGAAGACGGAGAAGGAUGAAACUCUGCCCAACUUCUCCCUGGGUGGGAAAUACGUUGGGGAGGGAGCAGGCCCCAUGACAGCACUGGGGAGUGGAGGAGCCCCCCCAGCACAGGACCUGCGGCUCCUAAAGCGCCGUCCAGCCCCAGGGAAGCACUAUGCCUGCUCCAGCUAUGGCUGCAAAUUGGCCUUCCCCAGCAUGCAAGAGUUGAUGGACCACCUGAAGGUGCACUACAGACCCACGCAGUCCCUUGAGGGCAAAACCUUCCAGUGCCCCACGCUGGGCUGCACAGAGACCUUCCCCAGCAUGCAGGACCUCAUGACCCACAUGAAAGUGCACUACAAACCCAACCGCUACUUCAAAUGUGAGAACUGCCUGCUGCGCUUCCGCACCCACCGCUCCCUCUUCAAGCACCUCCACGUCUGCUCCGACCGCGCCAGCAGCCCCGCACCGCCACCCCAAAAGGCCGAGAAGCCCACCCUGCCUACCGCCUCCACCCAAGAGAAGGAACCCACAGCCAAACCACCCCCCGAGGGGCUGCCCAAGCCUCCCACUGUCAUCCGGCACACGGAGAAAGAAGCCAUCACCACAGUCCCUGGCACAGACACGGCCUCCAGCCUGCCCGACCUGCCCGGCUCGCUGGAAGCGCUGCCGCUCGUCCCGCCGGCCCCGCAUCCCUUCCCGCUGCUGGAACCCAACCUGUUUGGCCCUCCGACCUUGACUCGCUUCUCGGGGCCUCCUCCUCCUCCUCCUCCCCCUUCCUCGGUGCCGUUCCUCUCCUACAUGCACCCCCCGGUGCCCUUCAGCCUGCCCACAGCCCAGCCCCGCCUGCGGCCCUGCUCGCCCAGCCAUGGCCCGUCAGCCUCCAACGCCGUCUGGAAGAAGAGCCAAGGUGUGAGUGUCAGCCCACUCCUCCCAUGCUUUGGCUCAGGAGUGACUCCAGGGCACUCCUCCAACAGCCGGAUCGUGUGGGAGCACACGCGGGGCCGCUACACCUGCAUGCAGUGCCCCUACUCCACUGCCUCGCGGGAGGAGAUGACUCUGCACAUCGAGGAGCACCGCAAGAACCCAGCACCAGCUGGGCGCAUGGACACAGACGUGGAUUUUGGGGUGAGCAUCGCCUCCUUCCACUCGAAGCUGACGCCAGAGAUGGAGAACUCCCUAUACUCGCAGCUCUGAGGAGCUCUGCUCCUGCUGAACUGAGGGCACCGCAUGCUCCACACCUCAGCACUGGGACCCUGGGAGCAUCCCCCAGCAUGGGCUGCCAGAGGAGGGUGGCAAUUGGUGUUCUUUUUUUUUUUUUUUUGAGUCUCCCUUUUAUUUUUGAAAUGCUAAAGCCCCCCAGGAGCCCUCGUGUCCCUCCCUUCCCUAGAAGUUCUAUUGCUCCAGCCUGCGAGGAGGGGGUGAGAGGUUGGGGGGAGCCCAAUGGAUGCUCAGGAACAAGGUCUGGAAAUUAAUAAAUAGGAAUUGUACAGGAGGAACGGCUGGGAGAGCCUCUGUGGGGGGCAACAAGGAGCUGUGCCAGCCCUAAGGAGCUGCCCCUCCACCCCAGAGAGGGGGGCAGGUGGGGCAGCAGGGGCUCUGCAUUGAACAGCAGGGGAUCCCACCAUGGGAAGGGUGUGGAAAGGGUGGGUUUGAAGGAGACACAGCAUUUAGAACAAACUCCAUAGGGAGGAGGCCAGUAUCAUCCAGGUGCAGCCCCCGUCGUCCUGCUGCCCUAUUGGGAGCUCAGGCUUUGCCCCCUGUGCUGCAGCACCUGGAGCUUUUAUUUUCUUUGGCUGGAAGAUGGAUUUGCUGCAAGCAGUAGCUGUGAGCUACUCUACUACUCACUCCAUGUGUAUCGCUCAUAGCAGCUGGAGGGGAUGCACUGCAGGAUUCCUGCAGCAGAGCUGAAGCUGCUCUUUUCCCAAGAACACCGACCCCAUAACACAGAUCUUGAGGGGGCUGCAUGCUCCCAGCUCCCUCUGUGCAGCCCUGCAGCCACAGCUCCAGCACGCCCAGCUUUGUGCAUAGGGGAAGGUGAGCACAGGGAGCAGCCCCAGCCACUCCUGCUGGGGAUUGAACACUGAGCAGCAACAGUGAGGCUGCACAAAUCCUCACCAGCCCCUGGGCUGGCCACAGAGCAAUGCACUGAGCACAACCACCCUGCAAAGAGCCCACACAGAACUGGCACUCACAGCUCACCAGGACCACACUGCCCUACAGGCACUUUAAACCCUCAGGGAGGGGGCACAGCUCACCUUUCUGAGUCCUCCAAAGCCCUCCAACCUUGCCUGGGUUCAGGUCCCAACACCCAACCCCCACUCCAGCGCUGCCUUUGGGGUGUACCAACACCGGGGCUGUUCACCCCUCUCCACCCUUAAGCUGUAUCACUGUCCUCAGCAGGGCCUCCCAGCAGAGUCGAAGCCGUUCUCAUGCACUUCUCAACAUUUAACCACAGACUUUUCCUACAGAUAGAAAAGCAGAUACACACCUACCUGUCCUUCAGCAGCCCCACAGCUCCCCCUGAACCUGGUGCUGGUAAUUCACAGGAGCAGCCCACAACAGAGCUGCCAUACAACCAUACAGACCCCACAGACACAUCCUGCAUGGAUUCCCCAGCACGUUUCCCAUCCAAGUCCCCCCUCCCCACCCCAAUGAUAACAAAGCUUCACUUACCGAGAAUCCUCCACAAAUAAUUAAAAAAAAAGGCCAUGGAAAGGUGAGCAGAGCCAUCACUGCUGUGGGAGAGGAUCCAGCU